AUGGAGUUGAAAACAUGUACAGAUGACUCACCUGGUGGUAGAAUCCAUCGGCACAGGAUGCCUAUCAUUGCGCAACGUUUGAGUGUUGUAGUCCUGCCGGUAGACCUGCAUAACGCUCGACUGCAUUCAGUCGGAAAGAUGCAACCGACUGGCGUGUUGACGGGCCAGAGGCAGAGAGGCUGGGGUCUGGGGUCCGAGGUCUGGUGGGCAGCGGUGAGGGAGACCGAGGGUCAAGAGGAGGAGACGAUCGAGACUGGUUUACGAUGUGGAGCUGCUGCGCCCAUCAUGUUGGUGGCAGUAAGUGGAGGGCGAAGGCGAGGCAAGGGUUGGUUGACCGGUCGUGAGGGUGUCCGCAAUGGGGGCAGAAGAGAGGGCAAGCAAGAAGACAGAAAGUAUCGCUUAAGUGGACGUCUACAGGCAUCAGCAAUGCAUUUAUCAGGCCGUGAAUAUGCAAUAAAAGACAGCAAGGGGCGCCGUGGCAUGAGUAAUUUGUUUCCUCUAUCCGGUCGGAUGGAAAGCAUGCAGAAUUUGUCGGAAUGUGAAAUGAUAUGA